UCCCCCAUACAGAUUUUCAUCAUUGCAAUGAUGAUAUAUGUAUUAAAUGUAUUUUAGUUCCUGUGUUCCACUGUGUAUACCAAGCCUCAAUGUGUUUAAUAUAGGAUUCACGGUAAAACACGUUUUUUGAGGAAGGCAUUUUCAGAAAUGUGUCGGAAGCAGUAUUAUUUGAAUAUUAAAAUGAUCCCGGAAAAAGGACUGCUUUGUAGUUUGCGUAAUUUUCCAGACUGGAAUUAUUUAAAAUAAUAACAGCAAUGCAAUGCAACAUUGCCCAUGGCAUUGUAUUUGAAGGGGGUGUUUUAUAGCACCAGUCCUAUUGUUUAUCAAUGACUACAUUAUUUAAACAGUUGUAGCGACUCUUUAAGACCUUAUCACCCUUUUUAGUUAUAUCGAUCCAGUUAUUGUGUUUUGUUGUUCAACCAGACGCUGUAUGUGAUCAAAAUUGACGUUUAAAGGAAGUUCAACAGGCUCUGGACUAUUUUAAUCUCAAUAACGCCUCCCCAACAAUAAACAAGCCCGCUUAUUCCCAGAGCCUCAUUGCGCUGUGUUCUAAAGUGUUUGGUGCUGUUAAAAAUGGGCCAAAGAUACGUGACAAGAGUCUCGGUUGAAUCUCUGAAUCACGUGGCCACCUGUUGCGUAUUUUCCACGUUAAGCUGUGGUGGUUGUUUUGAAGCAUAGUCCAAAUACAGAAAACCCUUCUGUUCCGAUUCAGUGGUCCUGACACACCCAAAUACUGCAUGCUGCAACACCUCCAGCUAGCACUAAUUGCAUAAGAUGUUUUGAACAUGUAUAAGGUGGCAACAAAAUAUCAUAUGUUUGGCCCUCUUAUUAAAAUACCAGAGGUAUCAUAUGCUUGGCCCCCAUAUUAAAUGAGCUGAGCUGUCUUCUUUUUUUUCUCUUCUUAAGAUCAUAAACCAUAAACUGCACGCAUGCUGUUGAUUAUCAUAACAUGAGUAAAAUGAAAGUGGUAUUGAACUUUCAAAGCCCCUUAGGUUGUAUGUAUUUUCCUUUCCUGGAGCUGCCUAUGAAUGAGAUUAGCUAGUUUCGAGGUUACAUCUGACAUGCAAAUUGUAGCUAGGGUACAGUGUGUUUUGCGGUUUCGCAAUGUGAGUGGGGUGCAGUGCCUUGUAUCUGUGUCGUCCUGUCUGAUCUGAAAAAACAGAGCAACUAAACAGCAGUGAACUGUUAAGUUCCGCCUGACGUUUAUUUAAACGAUAAAUAGCAAAUAUUCAAUUUUUGUUUUUGUUUUCAGUUCAUGGAUUUAUUGAUUAUUGAUCGCAGUGGCUUUCAGUGUGCGGCCCUGAAUUACAAUGUAUCAUCUUAAAAUGUGGACUGGAAAAAAAAAAGUUCUUUUUUUCAGAUCCUUUUCAAGCUGAUUUCUGAGCCCUUUGCCUUGAUCAGAUCGCAGAAAGAAUGGACAAUCCAGGAAUGUGCAGGAAACGCGACGCGGCGAUAAAGUGGUUCACGGAGUUCCAGGUGGAUUGCGUUAUGAGGAAUGGUGCUUUUCCCGAAUGGUUUCAUGGAAUUAUCACAAGGAAGGAUGCAGAAGAUUUAUUGCAGAAUAAAGCUGCAGGUUGUUUCUUGAUCAGGGUCAGUGAAAGUCGCAUCGGGUAUACCUUAUCUUACAGAACUGUGGAUUGCUGCAGGCACUUCAUGAUUGAUGUGCUAAGGAAUGGCCAGUAUACUAUCGUGGGAGAGGCCACAUCCUACAAAUCUCUUGACCACUUGGUGGAUUUCCACCAAAGACUUCCCAUCAUGCCUUACAAUGAGAUUCUAACUGUUCCUUGUGGGCAGAUCUCGAAAGAUGACGCUGAUUAUGCAGAGCUGCUGUUUUCAAAGAAACAGCCCUCUGCUGACUCCAGCUCCAUUGCUCCCGUUCCAUUCCCAAGGAGCCUUCCAAAACCUCAGGCAGCUCCAGAACUCCGUUCACUCAGGGACGUGCCUCCACCCCUCCCGUCACGACCUUCACUCCUCCGGUCGAGAGACCGAAACCUCAAAACUAGGGAUCCGCAACCCUCAGCUGGAUUUCAGGACACCUUCCCUGUGAAUAGACUUUACCCCAGUCUUAGCAAGGAGCUGUCUUCCAUGAACCUCCUGAAUGAUGCAAGAAUUUCAGAUGAUAAACCUGAGCCCUUACCCUGGAAGAACUUGUCAAAGAGGUCCCAGAGCACAGAAACGAUUUUCAAAGAGGCUCCUCCACUACCACCUAGGACCUUUCUGCCUCCCACCAGGGCACAGGAGCCGUCUCCAGCAAAAAGGCCCACGGAAAUCCCUUUAACAAAUUCUACCGCCUCCGAGAGAGAGGCAAGUAAAGCGUCCGGCAGUGGGAUCUUCUUCGGCGAACAGCUUUGUAAGGUGAAGAAUGUCAUAAAAGAAAUGGAAAAAGAAUUCAGAACACAGAGCAACACCAUCGGCCUCACCUUAAAAAAGAACUCCCUGAAAAAGAAAGGGGGAGCCACAGAGACGCGUGGACAUUCAGAGCCCUUUCAGGCAAAAUCUGCUGAGAGCAGUCCUGAUAAGAUCAAUGAUUUCAGCUCGGGCUUCCAGGGAAACAGCAAAGAGACUAAAAACAUUUACCAGGAACUGCCAUCAGAACUGGAAACCCAGGAAGCCAUUCAGACCGACAAGACUGCCACUAAUUCCACAGCCGCUCCUUCUGUGAGUUGGAGCUCGAAGGGUUUUUUAAAUACUGUUGGGCUUAAUCCAUGUGUAAAAACCAAAGACAGUGGUAAAAAGCAGCCAGCUCUCCCACUGGAAUACCAUCAGCCACCUCCGUUUGCCCCAGGAUAUUAUUGAUCAUCUAAAAUAACUUUCUUUUUUUUUCACAAGAUUUUUGAAAAUACAGAAUUGGGGCCCGCCAUGCAUAAUUGUAAAAUACCAGCCAAUAAAUGUAACGCUAACACAUUUGGAACCGCAUAGCGUGUAACAAAAUAACUUAGUGUUCUGUUCAUGAGACUCAAACAAUCAAUUCUCUGGAUCACUGCUGGUUUUCAGAUAAUAGAAAAGGGAAGUCUGGACAUCAACAUGGAACUGAUCAGUUGCAUUAUAAUGCUCAUGCAGGAGCAAGUAGGGCACAGUUAGAUAAAUAAAUUAGAUAUUUAGAUAAAUUCUUAAAUGUUUCAGAAAUUCACAUGCUGUUUCUGGUGUGUUAAACAGUUAUCAGAUACAAUAUUUAAUGAAAUACAUUUUAGUGUUUAGACAUAAAAAAAACUAGAUGAGAUAUGUCAAGGAAUUUUAGUAGUUACUUUUAAUGUAUAGAUAAAAAAAUAAACAAAACAAAAUGAUUUAACAAAGACCUUUUAUUUAUGUAAAUAUUAAACACACAUUCGAACUUACAGUAAAUAAUAGCACAUGUAUAUCCUUUUUAUAUAUUACAUCAAAUCAAAUUUAAUUUUGCUGUGGUAAUUUGUCAGUUUGCAUAUCUGGUGUGAUGUUUUGUAAUAUUU